CUCACGACAUAUCUGCUACAGGAGCGGGCCGCCGCCGUCGUCGUCGUCAUGUCUCGUAGACUAAUGCUGCAGCUCGCGUCGCUGCCGACCGUCGCCUGUCGGCAUGCACUCCGUCCCCGCCGCUCCCCUCUCCUGCGGGCCGCCUGUACGGCCGGCGUGUCGCCGAGUUGCCGUCCCCUGCAUACGUGCAGCGUCCUCGCGCGAGGUGACGCUGAGGCGGUGCCGGAGGCAGAAGAAGUAGCCUCGGCGGCAGUGGUGGUGGAGAAGGAGCGGAGUAUGCUCAUUCCGGAUGAGCUGGUACGAGACUUCCUCGAUCCGGCUCGCUUCUUCGAAGCAGUGCGCAGCAUCGGCGUCGAAUUCUUCUGCGGGGUUCCCGACUCCCUGCUCAAGGAUUUCUGCGCGUACGUGACUAGUAAGGUUGCCCAAUCCAACCACGUCAUCACGUGCAACGAGGGCAGCGCGGUGGCGCUGGCGGCGGGAUACCACAUCGCCACGGGGCGCCACGGUCUCGUCUACAUGCAGAACUCGGGACUGGGCAACGCCGUCAAUCCAUUGCUGUCGCUGGCUUCAACGGGAGUGUACAGCGUGCCGAUGCUGCUGCUAGUCGGCUGGCGAGGAGAGCCAGGUAAACGCGGGAGGGGGAGAACCUGGUAA